GUAUUUACUAACUCUAAACAAAAAAGGUUGCUGCAUACUCUACUUAUGCAAUAGGAAUUACGUCUCAGAGAGCAGCCAAGAACAAUCACCAUGGACUCAACACCUGUUGCUCUCAUCACAGCUGGGAGUGCUGGCCUAGGCGCCGCAGCUGCCCGUGUGUUCGUUAGGAACGGAUUCAGAGUGGUUAUCAACUACAGCAGCAACUUGGAAAGAGCAGAAAAGCUGGUCGAAGAAAUCAAGAUGUUGACAGGCUCCAAUGUGGUUGCCAUUCAGGCGGAUUUGGGGGACCGCGACGCGAUCUUGAAACUCGUUGAUGAAACUAUCCAGGCAAUGGGUCGAUUGGACGUUGUAUUUUCGAAUGGCGGAUGGACAUGCUUCCGAGGCAUCUCGAACUUGGAUGAUAACGUUGUAGAGGAUGACUGGGACAGGUGCUUCAACAUGAAUGUCAAGUCACACCUUUGGCUCAUGCAUGCCGCCAAAAAGCAUUUGGACGAGACGGAGGGUGCGUUCAUCACUACGGCAUCCAUAGCUGGUAUUGGUGCUAGUGGAAGCUCCCUGGCAUACGCUGUGACCAAAGCCGCUCAGAUCCACCUAGCCAAGGUGCUUGCGGUCAUCGCGGCCCCAAAGAUUCGAGUUAAUACCGUAUCACCAGGUCUACUCCUCACAGAUUGGGCUUCAAAGUUCUCAGAUGAUAUCAAAGACGCGCAUAUUCAACAGACCAAAAUCAAGAGAGCCGUCACGGUUGAGGACGUGGCUGAGCAAGUAUAUACGCUUGCGAAGAGCAGAAGCAUAACGGGCGUCAAUGUUGUAGUUGAUGGGGGCUAUUCCUUGUAGUUGUGAACUUGGGAUGAAUGAUUGCACGGGAGGGAGAAAGAUAGGCUCUGGAAGAUGUUUAGCUAUCGAUUUGUAACAAGGUUCCCUCCACCAAGACAACCAUGGAAGAUAGUGUCAUUCGUGUUUUUGGGACGUUCAAGAAGACUCGAAUUGUACCGCGGCUUUAUCUUAGGGCACGUUUCGUAAUCCCCGUCCUGGGAUACGGCUGGUAUUCGAGAGACAGGCAUUCCCCACAAUCUAAUCCGCCUUUGCCGCCCUAUCUGUCUUAUCUCUCUCCCGUUCUUGGGCAUCCACUCGCCUCGACAAUGCUAG